AUGGCACCGAAACGAGCCGUGACCCCAUCGGCGCAGCCCGCCGCACCCACCGUCGUAGCCACUCCAGCAAAGGCGCCGAAAGCAUCAUCGUCGUCGGCGGUAUCCUGGGACAAGACCGUCAGCAAUGUCGUUGACUACUACCUCAAGUCUACUCCGCAAAGGACAAAGCUCAUUGACGUUUUCUUGGGCUUUCUUGUCGUAAACGGCGCCCUGCAGUUUCUCUACUGCAUCCUUGCUGGAAACUUUCCUUUCAAUGCCUUCCUGUCCGGCUUCUGCUCAACCGUGGGCCAGUUCGUCUUGACAGUCUCCCUCCGAAUCCAACAGAACCCCCAGAACGCAUCCGACUUUCCUUCAGUCUCACCGGAAAGGGCAUUCGCCGACUACAUUGUGUGCAGCUUGAUCCUGCAUUUCUUCUGCGUCAACUUUAUCAACUAG